UGAUGGGACGUGGGUUCGGCCCGGGAGUGUGCAGAGGUAUUACUGAGAGGCAUGGGGAGCUCUGGGAAGCAAGACUAGGCUUUGCAAUAACACUUACAGUGUGUCAGUGACUGUCAGACCCAAGGCCCCCAGCUCUUGGUAUUUACAACUCCCUGCACCUUGCGCUGGGGAGAAGUGGAACUGGGUGACACACAGGAGCCGAGAGCUAGUUUAGCCUGCGGGUUUGCGGGUGUCACGUCGCAGUUCUGCGGGGCUAAAUACUCGUGAGAAGAUGGAUGUCUGUAUGCCAUGAGAACCUAAAGAGGGCCGCUGUUUACAAAAAGGUCCCAGUGCUGAACAUUGUGUGUUUGGCCAGAAAAUGCCUGGAGACUCCUGACCCAAUAUGUCAGCCACGGCUGUCGAUGGCUCUGAUGUUUCUCUUGAUGAGGAUUCCUUCCACUCUGUGGAUACAGUGCUGCUGGAUUCGGCUAGCUCAGCAAAGCUGCAGAUAAAAGAAGAGCGGUCGGAAUCUCAAGGAAGUUCCUCCCUGCCAAAUGAGAAUGAGGUGCCGGGAACUGAUGGAGAGGGCUCCUCCCAGAGUGCUGCAGAGGAGCCAGAGCGGAAACGGAAAAAGGGUCCUGCUCCAAAGAUGCUGGGGAAUGAAGUUUGCAGUGUGUGCGGGGACAAGGCUUCAGGCUUUCAUUACAACGUGCUGAGCUGCGAGGGCUGCAAGGGCUUUUUCCGACGCAGCGUCAUAAAGAACGCGCAGUACACGUGCAAGAACAAUGGCAAGUGCCAGAUGGACAUGUACAUGCGACGGAAGUGCCAGGAGUGUCGGCUCCGCAAGUGCAGAGAGGCAGGAAUGCGAGAGCAGUGUGUCCUUUCUGAAGAGCAGAUUCGCAGCAAGAAGAUUAAGAAACAACAAGAGGACGAUGUAACUCGACCUUCAUCUGCCUUGGUGCCGCCAAGCCCCUGCAUGCUUUCCCAGGAAGUGGUUCAGCUAACGCCACAGCAGGAAAAGAUGAUCCAGCAGCUGGUAUCUGCGCAGCAGCAGUGCAACAAACGCUCUUUCAGCGAUCAGCCCAAAGUAACGCCAUGGCCACUUGGAAGUGACCCAAACAGCAGAGAGGCCCGACAGCAGAGAUUUGCCCACUUUACAGAGUUAGCAAUCAUUUCUGUGCAGGAGAUUGUUGACUUUGCCAAACAAAUACCUGGCUUCCUAGAACUGUCACGAGAGGAUCAGAUAGCGCUACUGAAGGCAUCAACAAUAGAGAUUAUGCUGCUGGAAACAGCCAGGCGUUACAAUCAUGAGACAGAAUGUAUCACCUUUCUCAAGGAUUUCACAUACAGCAAAGAUGAUUUUCACAGAGCAGGAUUGCAGGUGGAGUUCAUAAAUCCCAUUUUCGAGUUCUCUCGUGGAAUGAGGCAGAUGCAGCUGGACGACGCAGAGUACGCCCUUCUCAUAGCCAUCAACAUCUUCUCUGCAGACCGACCAAAUGUUCAGAAUCACCAGCUGGUGGAAAACCUGCAGCUGCCAUACGUGGAAGCCUUGCACUCCUACACCCGGAUUAAACGGCCUCAGGACCACCUGAUGUUUCCACGUAUGUUGAUGAAGCUGGUCAGCCUGCGGACACUUAGUAGUGUGCACUCUGAGCAAGUUUUUGCUCUCCGCCUUCAGGAUAAAAAACUGCCCCCAUUACUUUCCGAAAUCUGGGACGUUCACGAGUAGAGCGGCAUGGGUGCCGGAUAGACUGUCAUGGAUAACUAGCUAAGCAUGCUCGGCGAGGAAAGUAUGAUUGGCUGCAGAUCCAGCCAGCCGCCCAGCAGGGAUCCUGUAGGUCGUUCACCAGUGAUAAAGAAGAUGAUGUUUCUACGGAUGAUCUAAGCCAACCGUCGGGCUGAUGACUUGGGGCUCGGUGUAGCCGUGCUGUUUCGGGUCAGUAGGAUACAACCCAUGGUAGGGAUAGAGCGUUGGCUACAUUCCCAUCGGGCAGAAAGUUUAACAGUAGAGUUCACAGAAGUAGGCAAGAGUUGGCUUUAUCCACCAUCACCCUUUAUGAAGGUUUAAAGGCAUUGGCAAGUGACCAACCAACAUUUUGUACAGAGUCUUGGCUAUUGGACGUACAGUAGGAUUUAUACUGAGUGACGUGCAACGUUUGGUAUCUCGUGUCAUGGACAGAAUCUGAUUCAUGUUGCUGCUUCCGUCACAUCAGCGUAUAAUGGGCCUGCCCAGCCUGGCGCCUUCCCUCUGUGUGGCCUCCAUCCACUAAACACUAUUCAGGCUCUCCAGCUUCCCUCUUCCUUCCCAGGUCUCGCACUUGUCUGUACAUUCAGGUUUCCUUACGUUGCACUUAAAUUGUGGUCUCUCUUUUAACUUUCAUUUCUAGGUUCUUGUAUUUGUACUUUGACACUCAAACCAAGCGAUAGCAGAGGGGGUCUAGGUUGGGAAAGAGCGAUUUACGGAAUCAUGAAGGAAUGUGUGUCUGAGUUUACAGAAACGUAUUCCCACUUACUCGCUGCACAGGUAAACAUGCUUCCUACUCAGUCCAGCAACGCACACACCACGGUUAGUAGCCAGCUCCAGUGUUGCUUCAAGCAUGCAUGGUUCACUCUUCCGCGUGCUUUUGAAUGUCAGAAAUUCAUCAAUAUUUUUUUAUACUCCUCCCCCUGUUUAAAGGGGAAGUAAACCCCCUCCCAGUUUUUAAAGGAGAAUGAAAUCCUUAUCCACUUAUGCCACCUGCAGAAGCAUUCCUUUGGCACCACACAACCCUCCCAUCCUAACUGGGCAGCACUCUCCCAUGAAAGAGCGGUGCAGUGGGGUUGUUGGCCUGGAAUCAGGGUGGUGUAAAGAAAUUUCAUUCCCCUUUAACAUUUUGGCUCAGUACAAGUUAUCUCUCUCCCCUCCCCUCAUAUCUCUUUGCGUACCCCCAAUGAAGAACAGUGCAGUAGGGUGCCAUGUUUGGCUGUCCCACUUCUGCUCCCAGUUUAGACUGCUGGACUGUGCCCAUUGGGACAUAUUUCAGUGCCCGUGCUAAGCUAGGCGUGGAAGUGACUCGGCCUAAAUGGCGCCCACCAAUCCUGCUCUGCAUUUGGGUGGGCAAUCCUGAAUAACAGGAGAUGGGAGAAGUGCCCUUGGGGAGAAACUUAGCUAAAGAGUUUAAAACCUAGGUGGUGCUUAAGUUGGCCAUACUUAUUAGCCCAAUUGGGCCACCUAUGCACAGGGGCAAAUCAGGCUGAUUUAGUCUUUGGUUCUCAGUACUUUGGACCUGUAGAGAUAACAGUGGGGCGCAGGUUAUGGUGUGAGCCCCAUACUUCCGCUAGUGUCCGUAGGGGCACAGUCAGUGUCUAUUAGUGAACCACGUGUGGCCACCUUUCCUACUUCCAUCAAUUGUUUUGGCAACCUACUAGCUCAUCCCAGUAAUUCUACUGGAACUUGGAUCUUAACAGUAAAAUAAACUGGAUCCACCAAGGUAGAGAGUGCAAGCAAACAGCCUCUUUGGCACAGGGGCUGAGCAUCACGAGACUAUCGCCAUCUACAGGCAGGAGGACUCAUCCUAUUGGGGGGGGGGGAGAGCUACUGUAUGUCAUACCAACAUGACUGUGCAAUUUACUGUUAUAUUUAUAUACAAAGUGAAAAUAUAGUUUCAAGAAAUUCAAUGUUUGGUUUUCUUACCACGACUUCAUGUCAAGAGAAUGUUUCUCUGAACUGAUUGUUAGCGACGAGAGAAUAAUGGAUGUCAAUGACUGGGACGGAUCACUGUCGCCAUAAUAACGAUUCCUUUUCCUAAUUAAUCUCUAAAUUGGAAUAGACAGAAAAUUAAAGAAAACCAUGCUGACAAUCAUA